GAAGUUGUCUAUGUGACCGUCAUAGCAUAAGGGCAGACAUUUUGCCCCAUAUAAACGACAAUUUUGCAAGAAUUCUUUGGGAAAACCGUUAUACAAUUUCUGUGUGUUUUUACACUCAUAUUUCACCACAACCAUGUGGUACGAGAUAUUGCCCGGUUUUGCUAUUAUGACAGUUUGUCUUAUGAUUCCUGGUGUUGCUACUGCUCAAAUCCAGAAGUUCACAAACGGUGGAAAGGAUAAAAGGAUUGCUCGGGAUCCCUAUCACUGGUAUUUGAUGGAGAGAGACAAGAGAGUGUCUGGAAGUGGUGAACAUUACCGACCCAAGGGACUUGAGAACAUCAAGUGAAGAGUCACCUAGAUGAAACUGAAUUGUACAUUUUCUCCAGCCAUCUAUUAAAAUUCUGUCUUUAAAUUAUUA